AUGCCAGUCACCUUCUUCACCCUGCCACAAAAUGUGCGAGAAAAGGUAUAUGAGUAUGUAUGGUGUGGCAAUUUGGCGCAUAUUGUAGAGCCGGAUAUCAAGAAGUCUUUGGGACGAGAAGGAGUUAGAUUUCCAGAGGAUAUUGAGGCGAGAUAUCCACCGCCAGAAGACGAAGAUGAAGAUGAAGAGGAAGAGGACGAGGAAGAGGAGUCCAGAGAUGGAAAUUCCGCCGACGAGGAAGAGGACGAGGAAGAAGAUGAAGACUGGCAAAACGAAGCCAACAGCAGCACUCCAAACAAAUCAAUCACAGACCCCGCCGCCAAAGAUAUCUCGUCCGAAACCUCCAACAAACCCAACGACUCCGAAGAACAAUCAUCUCUCGAAGCUGAAGCAAGCGGACAACGCUACAAACUCCAAUCCCUGCAACCCCUCAACACAUCCCUCCUAAAAACCUCCCGUAACCUCAACAUCGAAGCCCUGCCCAUCUUCUACAGCACGACGACUUUCCUCUUCGAUGCCACGGGCUCCACUGUCCUGAAUUUCCUACGUAAUCUUCCGGAUCGCGCUAGGAAUUCUAUCGCGCAAAUCACAUUGACGAGCGCUACCAUGCUCAUGGACGAUGGCGAUGAUGAAGAAGAAGAAGAAGCAUUUUCUGGAAAUGUCUGGACGGGGUCUAUGAAAUUUCCUAAAACUACAGAUCCACCGAUGAUGAUUACAUCCAUGGGAGCUUUCCUAUCCUCAAAACUCCCAGCGUUGGAAAUUAUAUCCUUUUAUUUCCCCUUCGGAGGUGGAGAAGAUGGAUAUCCUACAUGGGCUCCCACAGAACUCUUAAUACUCCUCUGGCAUCGCAAAAUCUCCCUUUUAAAUUUCAUCUUCUUGGGAAAACAUGUAGMUGCUACCUUGAGGGAAUCUUCGGGAAGUGAGGAGUGCUAUGAGAUUUUAAUGGGGGAUUGGGGAGAAGAUGCGGAAAUUAAUCUUGGGGAACAUAUCUUUGAGUUGAAGAAUCCGGCGCCGGAGGAGGAGGAGGAGGGAGAGGUUUCGGAGGAGGAGUUUAGGGAGAGGUGUCGGGUUUAUUUUGCUGCGAGGGAUGAGUUUGCCAAGGAGAUUGAUCGGGGUGAUGAGGGGUUGAUUUGGGAGUGGGGUGAUCGGAGGGUUGAGAUGGGAGGGGAUGGGAAUGUGCAGGCGGUCGUGUCGAUGUGGAUGACGGCUGAGGGGGAGGAGCACGUUGAAGGAUCAUGA